UGUGUGCACUCACAGCCUUGCCCCAUUGUACUGCCUGGCCACUAAACCUGCCCUGCCCCAGAAAAAGGGGUCCCUGGGGCUAGUACCCAUUGAAGCAUCUGCUCCUCCUAUGCCCCUUGGGCACCCUGGGCUCCCCCAGCCUCCCUGCCUUGGUUUCCCUACUGGAGAGCAGGCUGGCAGCAUGGGAAUGGGGCGAUGGGCAAUCAGGGGGUCUCCAAAAGUUUUUGGGAAGGAUAGACAUGAAGCAGAAGGAUGUCUGUGAGCUGUGGGUAUGGCUCAAUCCUGGCUCCAUCCCACCGACCCAGACCGUCUCCAGUAGUGGGGUCUGAGCCUGCUGCCACCAGCCUAAGAAGCCACCACCUCUUCUGAGGGCACUGGCCUGUGGCUUAGCCUGGGGUAGAACACCAGCACAACCAUUCUCUGGCACUGAGGAUCCUGAGGCAGGAUCCGUCCCACCACUGAAAGACCCUAGAACCAAUGGGAACAGCCAGGAGGGGGCUCCCCAGACACAGAGCAGGCAAGGGGCAGCGCUUGGUCCUGGUGUGCUCUGGGCUGGGUCUCACACAGGGCUGCAUUCAUCUGGAACUGAGGGGGACAGGGCCAGCACUGUCACCUAAGUCGGGCACAAGCAGGUUAUCCCUGCUCUUGUAUAACCUGUUGCAUAAAGCUGGCAUGGGCAGGAGUGCUGCCAGCAGUGGGGGCUAUAAAGGUGGGUGCAGCCUCUCCUGCUCACAUCCACUCCAGAGCGAGUAUGACUACAGCACUGCCCAGCCUGGCUCUGGCCCUGCUCUGCCUGCUGCGGGCAGGGGCUCAGGUCUCUGUGCAGCCGGACUUGGACACUGAGAAGGUAACUGCACAGGGUGCUGCCUGGCACAUCCUGCCUGGGCUGGAGGGGCUGGCUGGGGCAGGGGGCCUGUGCUGUACCCCCAGGCAUCUGCCAUCCCCAUUCCUGAGCCAACUCCAGGGCACAUUCCAGGAGAGCCUGUGCAAAACCAGGUUAGUCCCGUCUGCUGUGUCCAGCACCAGCAUAGCCCCACUGCAAGGACACCAACACGUGGGUCCAUGAUGUCCCCAAGUGUGUGGCACUUCCCCAGGGAACAUGGGCCAGGUGCUGCAUCUGCACUCUUAGCAUGGGGCAGGACAGGGUGCUCUAGACACAGGAAGGUGACAGGACCCCAUGUUUGCCUGGCCGGUCCUCACAGAGGGUGGCAGGUCUGCCGCCACCGGCUGGCAGGUUUCUACAGUGGGCUGUCAUGUUCCCCAUGGUGGAAGGCAGAUCCCCACAGAUGGGGGCAGGUCCCUGAAGAGGGUGACAGGUCCCCACAGACAGGGGCAGGUCCGCUGCAGGUUGGCAAAUUUCUGCUCUGGGCUGACAGGUCCCCCAGGGAGGAGUGCAGGUCCCCCUGGCAGGUCCCCACAACUUUUCCACAUUCCACUGGUGAUGUCCUGCUGCAGUUUGCAGGGGCGUGGUAUGUCACAGCCAUCGCUUCCAACUGCUCCAUCUUCCUGAAGAUGAAGGAUGGGAUGAAGUCAUCCAUGGCCAUCAUCAGCUUCAUGCCAGAAGGGGACCUGGCCAUGAAGUUGGUCUUGCCCCUGAUGGACAAAUGCCAAAAAUUUGAGCUGCUCUUCCAGCAGAGCGGGCAGGCGGGGCACUACAGGGGAGCACAAGAGAAGAGAGAUGUGCGUGUGAUGGAGACAGACUACAGCUGCUAUGCUGUCCUGCACGAGGCCCAUCACAGUGAGGGAGAGUCCAGCAUGGCGCUGCAGCUCCUCACAAGGGAACAGGAUGUGAGCCCCCAGCUCCUGCAGAAGUUCAUGGAGCUCAUCCCCACCAUGGGCCUGACCGAGGACAUGCUGACCAUCCUGCCCAAGUCAGAUCAAUGCACCAGGGACAUCAGGAGAGUGUGGCCAGGGAAAGCUGUGACUCCUUUCCAGCAUGGUCUGGACUAAGCAGGAACUUGCAGGCCCUGGGGGAUCCCCCACCUGCCUCAGGGCUCUGUCACCUUGGCUUUGCCCUGCUCUGACCAGUUGUCUGCCUGUCCUGCCUCGGCAGCUGAAGGUCCAUGUGUCCUCCAAACCUAGUGGACGUUGGGCUCUGCACCCCACUCCGUGGUACUCCUUCCCAUCCUCCAGACUCUCCCAGACCCCCUGUUCCACACUAGGGUCACGCUCAAUCUCCUAAAUAAAUAGAUGCAGAAGCUGCCCCAGAGAUCGGUGCUUUGUUGGCGGGAGCAGGGUGCUGCCAGGAUCCCCAGGCACCCU